UUCUCGAGCCUUGAAAAUGGCGCCAGUGGCAUGUGUCAGUAACUUUCUGUAAUUCCAAAGGAACGGAGCACAUAUAGUAAGGGUAGGUCGACUUUCACGUUCAAAGAAGUCCAUUGAUAGAAUUUUGAUUUUUUUUUUAUUUGAGAACACUGUAUCUAGGUGAAGUUCGCAACUCACGGUCGCCCACAACACUCCAUGUGUACUUAUAAACCGCUCAAGAGCUGAAUGGUUCUUGAUUUUUAAGUCUAGUUUAGGGCUAUAAACUUGCCUAAAAUUUCAUAGUGUCAUAUUUAACUCAAUUAAUUUACAGUCUGUUGAAUUUGGAAUUGUUCUAAAUUUUGCAGGAACAAAAUGCCUUCGGCAAAUGAAGCUGUACCGAGCACAUUUUCAUUCGAGAGUGUGCAAGAUGUGAAUGUCGUAGAGUUCUGUCCAUUUGACAAGGCAGCAGGUCUUAUUGCUUAUGGUGGCGAAAACAGAGUAGCACUGGGCAUGUGUCUUUUUCAAGAGGAGGCCCAAGACAGUCACCUUCCUCUUCUGCAGUUUAAACAUAUCACAGAUUUUCAUCAUGGAACAAGUGUUCUGUCUAUUGCCUGGUCUCCUAAAACAAACAUUCAACACUUACCUUAUUCUUUCCAGUGAGUGAAUGUUUGAAGGUAGCUCUGAUUGUAAUGCAUAAUAGUUAAGACAGAAAAGAUCCUUUGCCAAAACAACUCUCUCCAUUUGAUACCUUAAUAAAGCUGCAGUCUGGAUAUGAAUAAGAAAUACACAUAUUGAUUCAGACAAAAAACUGAAUACUACAUAAUCUGUAAGUGAUUUGUUACUGCCUGCAAUCUGUGAUAUCUUUUGAUGUCUUAGAAAAACAUUUUUUAUUUUUUUACCUGAAAAGGUGUUCAGUAAUGAACAGGGUCUUCAAAAAACAAAAAGUUUUUUUUGACAUGUUUAUCAAAACUGGAUCCAGUUUCAUUCAUUGGCUUCAUUGGCUCACCAUCCAGGUUUUUUAUAAUGCUAAUGAAAAAUUCCAACAUAUUUUAGGUUCUGUACAGCAGGAGAAGAUAGGAAGCUUCGUUAUUUCAUUUCUGAUGGCAGGGAUUCAUCAACAGUGACCACUUUAGAAGGACAUCUAAGUUACAUUAAUGAUUGUGUUAUUGAACCAGUAACUGGCCUCAAUGUGGCUAGUGUCAGUGGUAAGUAACAGUAGUUUUUAUAUGAUAUGUAGGUUGUCUUGUACAACAGACUUUGAAGCUGGUAGGUGGUAGUAGGUGUACAAUAUACAUCUGUUUAGGAGGAUUUUUGGGCUUGGUUUGUUAUCCUUGGAUUGAGGUUCUUGGUAUGUUUAUAAAACUUUAUUACACUAUAAGCAUUGCGUUAUGCUUUGAACCCAACACAAGUGUCCUUACUCUUCUCAUUAAAUUCCCCCAAACAAUGAGGUGGGGGUUGGAAUUACUGCACUUUGAAUUAAUUUACUGCUAUAUAUGACAAAAGUUGUAAGAAUUUUCUCUGUAAUUUAGUUAUCAUUUACAAGCUUUUCUAGGAUUGAAAUUAUGAUUUUACUAAAUACAAAGGAUUGCAAUGAUACAGAGCUGUCACUGAGAGCCAGUUAUGGUCCCAAACCUCUGACUAGUCUGCCCUCAACAGGUUACUUUCAACUCAUUUUACCAUUUGAUAACUGCCAAUAAAAGGGAAAAAAAUGUAGAAGUAUUGAAAUACUGUGGGAGGUGCGGUGGCCUCAUGGUUAGUAUGCUCGACUCUGGAUCAGGUGGUCUGGGUUCAAGCCCUGGCCAGGGUCAUUGUGUUGUGUUCUUAGGCAAGUCACUUUACUCUCACAGUGCUUCUCUUCACCCAGGUGUACAAAUGGGUAACAGCAAAUGUGCUGGGGGUAACCCUGCGAUGGACUAGCAUCCCAUCCAGGGGGGAGUAGCAAUACUCCUAGCCGCUUCAUACUAAGAAAACUGGAGUUAAGCACCGGCCCCAUGGGCCACUUGGGCCUGUAUAAAGGCUUUACUUUUUACUAUUGAAAUAUUGAAGAAAUUUGUGAAACAAACAAUUCCAAGAUUUUAGUAGAAUUGAAUGCUAAAUUCACUGGAGACAGGUUAAGGUAGUUUUGUUGAAAGUUUUCACCCUCAGAAUUUUCUUAGAGAUUCUUGCAAACUUUGUAGAGUCCCUGGGACUUUGUAAAUGAAUAGUUACCAGUCCUGUAUAAAAUCUGACCAAACAACAAGGCAUCCACUAUAACCUGGCUGCCUUUUAUUUCUUACUGCCUUCCACUUUCAAACUUGUUGACAGUUCUGAUGAUAUUUCAGGUUUUGUUCUGAUAUGGAUAAAAUUAUUAGACCUCAGACACAUAAGGUUGCAAAAAGUUUGUUUGAUUCAAGAAUAGAUCAAACAUCUGCCAAUUUUUAAUAUACAUACUUUUUAACAGAUGAUCAUACUUGUCGGCUGUGGGAUCUGGAGACUGGAGCACAAAAGACAUCCAUUCCUCUUGGGUCAGCUGGAAUGAGUGUUAAAUGGAAUCCUGUUGAACCGAACAAGGUUAAUAUGAAUGAUUUGAAUGUAAUGACAAAAUUUAUCUAUGUCCUUGCAAAAAUAACAUUCAAUUAAUGUAGUCGUCUUAUUUUAAGUCCAAAUAUUGGGUGUUAUGUCAUGACAAUACCUCUUUAUUGAGAAUGUCUUUUAUUUCUCAUGUAUCCCUUUAACUCACAGAUGUGAUUAAUAUGUAACUUCUCCCCAUAAUAUCCACUCAUUACCAAGCUAACAGGUUAUGAGAAUACUCAAACUUAUCAGUUUGAAGUUGUUCUCUUGAUAUAACACCAAAUUCUUGUAACUAAUUUACAAGGAAAGGUGUUGCAGCUUGAGGGGAGAAUUAAAACUCCAAUCGUGGGAUUUAAAGAUUUAAUUGUCAGUCUGUCUGUCUGUCAUCAGUGUGUUAACCCUUUCACUCUCAAGAUCUUGUUAGUUAUUCUCCUUACUGCUCCUCAUACAAUUCUUGUCAUGUUAGUUUGGAUAAUUUGGUAUUGGAUCAACUAAUAAUCCCUUGGUUGAUGUUUUCUUUAUUCUCAUUGUAUGCAUCUACGGAUAUUGUAAGGAGAAAUUAUGUUUUGGUCACUUAUGGGAGUUAAAAGGGUUAAAUUGAGGUAAUGAUUACCAUGGCCCAUAGAGGACAUGCCAGUAAUUUUUUUCUUGCAUGAUAAAUCUCAUUUAUCACGUGGUAAAAUCAAAAUAUAGCACAAUAAUUUUUAAUUUAUUGGAUGAUAUUUUUAUUUGUAAAUCUCAUUUAUUGCAGGAUAAAAAAAAAAUGUGGCAUGUCCUCUAUAGGCCAUUGUGAAUGAUUACUCUGAUUCCUUAUUUAUUACUCUGAAAUACUAACACUCCUGGUCUGAUAUUAUCCUUGGAUUUUAAUUAUGAAUGCAACAAAUUUGGAAUCUUGGGAUUAGAGUAGUUAUGCUUAGGAACUGUCAUAAGAGUAGAGUUAAGAUUUUCACUCUUGACAUGACAUAUUAAUUUAAGGCAACUGGUGGGGUAAGUUGAACAUGUCAUAAAAAUUUAUUACAUAAUUAUGAAAAUCUCUGAAGUAAAAUAAAAUAACACACUGUAGUUUAAAUAAAGAGGGGAAAACAUUGACUACUUGAUGUAAAUGGUGUGUACUGAAGAAUAAUAGAAAAAAAUAUGUUUUAGCCCAGAAAGGUUGGUCAAAAUAAUGUCCCUCUAUUUCCCAUUAAAAACUGGAUGAUAUUUAUCCUAAAAGGCCACUUAGGAAGACUAUUAAAUAUUUGAAUCAAUAUCAGUAUCUGGGCAACUGCCCACCUACCCCUCCCCUAACCCAACAUUAACCCUAACUUGUUAUCAAUUGACUCUUGUUGAGUUAGGGGAGGGGUAGGUGGGCAGUUGCCCAGAUACUGAUAUUGAUCCCAAUAUUUUUCAUUUUUUUUUUUAAUUAUAGAAUAACCAUAAUAUUUAAUUUCUACUAUUUGACAACAGCUGAUGGUGGCUGAAAAGAAUGGAAUAAUAAGAUUUUAUGACUUGGUGAGCCAGCAGCCCAUCAUGUCUCUCAGCACUGAGCAGCUUCCUCUUAUCUCAGCUGAUUGGUGUAAGGCCAAUGCUCUGAAAGUUGGUGCAGUAGCUAGGGAUGACUGGCUUAUCUGGGAUAUGUCAAAGUCAAGGUAUGUUUGUCAAAUUGGUUUUCACUUCACUCGGCUGAUAAUGUUCAAUGCAUCCCUAUGAAUAUAUCUUAAGUUUGGAUCUCCUCUUAAAACUUUUGAUAGUUAUUUUAACCACAGUGGUUUCAAUAACUUUUUCCAUGAGCAGCUGAUUUAGUGGGCCAAGUGCCUAAAGGUGAAACCCAAACACAAGAACCUUCAAGCAGGCACACCACAGUAAGAGGUCUUAAACGUGGUGUUAGAUGGCCUGUGCCUGGCUUUUAGUGAAACCCCUGUAUAAAACAAUAUUUACAUCAUAGUUAAGAUUCUGUCCUAUAGAGGUAUUUUAGUUUUAAUUAACAUGUAAAUGCACUGCAUUUACAUCAGCCAGACUGAAAGAUCUUUGCAGGAGAGAGUCAAGAAGUAUAAAAGAGACAUUUUUUAAUACAUGUUUAAAACAGCGGAGAUUGGUUGUGCAUGAAAAAGAAAAAGUGAAAGGAGGAGCACAAUGCUCAAUGAGGUGAUGAGUAAACCAGUUGACCAUUUCAACUGAAUACAACUAUCAAUCCGUGGUUGAAGCAUUAGGAUCCACACUUAAAGCAACUAUGAUAUGAGAAAAUUAUUGCAUGGUACUUAAUUACUACUUUCAAUUUAUAAUUCUUUUAAAUGAUAAUUUUUAUGAAUUAUUGAUUUCAUCACAGUCUACCAGAAGUUGCAGAACAGGCUCAUUUAAAAGGAGUAUGCAAAUUUAGGUAAUUGAAUUGCGCAGAAUGUUAUAUGUUUGUUUCCAGUGUUUGCCAUAAUUUCCUAUAUUUGAUGGUUAUUUUAAUCCUUUGGCUGCCAAUACUAAUAGUAAUCUGCAACACCAAGGAAAGAAUUGACUCUUGACAUAGUGGAUUACAUAGCUUAAUUUUAUGUUUGGGAUUCAAGAAGUGUUAGCAAAUAGUAUGAAUUCUGAUUAGGCUUUAUGAGAUUUACUGAAUGAUAGGAUGAGUCCAGUCCAUAAUAACAGAGUUUUUAUACUGACUCAUUGCCAAAAUGAGUAACUUAACAAAAUUCACUUCAACCUGUUGUUUUACUCCAUAGAUGGUCACAUGUGCAUGAGAAUCUGUUUGCUACCACUGGUCGUCCUGGUAACCACAUCAAUGUUUAUCACAUGGGGCACCACAAGGUGGGUUGAGGUUUUUUCUGAUCCAUGUUACUCUUUAUCUUCCUAAUUUACAAGCAAGGUAACACUAUCAGAUGAAGUACUAUGCUGUAUAUUGUUUAAGUCUUACUACCAUGAGUAUUGAAAAGAUUUGUUGGGAUUUUAUGUAAGUUGUGGUUGGCUUUUGUUUUGUGAGAAAAGGUAACUGAAAUUUCUGCUGGAAACUAAGUGAGAUUUGUUGUUGAAGCAGUAUAUUUAGAGGAAUAAGGGUAAAUUGCAGGUUUGAAUGUUUGCGUAUUUUUAUUGACCUGCUAAAGUAAGCACCUACUCUACCUUCAGCUGAAAGAAAACUCCUCAUGCCAACCAGGUUUAAAUUUGUGUUCUCAAUUGGACUUCUCAAAAUGUCCUCUAAAUCAUCUGUUGGGAUUUACAUUGUAAUUUUGUUAAUAAAGUACAUGAAAAAAAUAACCUGCUUCUGACACAAGAGCAAACUUUUAACACAAGUGCAAAUUACAAAUAGUGCACACCAUCAAGUUUUGCCUGUCUUGAUUUCUGUGAUGCUUUUUCAUGUGAAUUAUUCACAAGUAAUACCACAAUUUCAGGUGCAAUUUGGUGUAAGAAGCUCUAGCAAAUUUUUCGAAGACAACAUAAUUGCACUCACUCCACAGGCUUAUUUGAUUUUGUUGUAUUUGAAAAAUGUUCUAAUGCUUAUUAACACUAAAUUGCACUUGUUGUCAUGUUAUUACCUACACUUAUAACUGACAUUAGUCAAUGUUUUGAAAUUACUGGUGAUCCUUGCAAUCUGAUUGGCUCUUGAUAGUGCAAUUUAUUCAUGAAUCACACCGUUUUUUGCUCUAAAUUGCAUUUCUUCCUAGCCAAUGAGAAAGCUUUACUAAAAUCUAACAACCAAUCACAUUUCAAGGCUUGUUUAAAAUCACCAAUCAAAUUGCAGGAAAAUGAUUAAUAACUUUUGCAACUUUUGACAAACCAGCAAAGUACUGGAUCAAUAAAAUACUUUUACAGACCAAAAAACCCAAUAUUUGGACAAUUGAGUGUUGCAUUUCCAAAAUGGAGGUAAUUAGAGGUAAUUGGACUCUGUGACAUGCAAUUUUCAUCUGAAAUCAUUCUUGUGUUUUCACAUCAAACUCACAUUUGAUUUUGAAAUCACAAGUUUGAUUUCAAAGUAAAUAUUGCACUCUUCUCAGUUGAAUUGCCAUCAUUCAUUGCUCAGUGUUGUUACUCUGGUCUUGGCUUUUAAACACUGAAUUAAAAUGUUCCCAGAGAUGCGAGUUUCACUAAUUUCAAUUUUCAUUCCAAAUUUUUCUUGCAAGAUCCCUGUGUCAUGCCAGAUGCCGACUGGAGGAGGACUUUCAUGGCACCCUUUUUUACCUGUAUGUGCCUCAGCUGGAGGGAACAAGGUGCAUUUAUGGUUCUUAGAAGUAUAA